UUGAUGAAAAUGGGCCGACGCAUCUCCUCUCGAUCACUCCACCGAUCAGAACAGAUCACCCCGCCGCCGCCAUUUCUGUCACUCCCCCGAGCUAGGGUCUCCGCCGCCGCCGCCGCCAUCUCCGUCACUCACCCGAGCUAGGGUCUCCGACCUCCGCCCCCCGCCGGCGCCGCGCCCCAUGGAUCCUCCGUGCAAGCAGGCGGCGGAAUCGGGCUCCCGCGUCCCGGACGAGCUGCUGGAGGACAUCUUCGCGCGGAUGCCGGCCAAGUCGGUGCAGCGCUGCCGCUGCCUCUCUCGCGCCUGGGCUGCGGUGCUCUCCUCCAGCGGCUUCGCCGACCGCCACCUCCGCCUCGCCAACCGCCGGGACGGCUCCCGCAGCCUCUUCUUCCUCCCAGAUCCCGGCUCGGGCGACGACACCACGGUGCACGCGUGGUCGCCCCGCCGCCCCCUCGUCGCCGUCCUCCGCGACGAGCGCCUCCGCCGCGUUGCCGCCGUCACCCGCCAGUGCCGCGGCCUCGUCCUUCUUGAGGCCAAAGGGGAUAACCUGAUCUCCGUCUGCAACCCGGCCCGCGGGCACUCCAGCUACACGGUGGACCACUACGUCUACAACCCGUCCACCGGCCAGGUGACGGCGCUCCCGGAGGGCAAGGAGGCGUCCGGCGUCUGGCCGCAGAACCAUGCCAUCCUCGGGCUCGGCUACGACACAGGCAUCCGGAAGCACAAGGUGGUGCGCCUCUACUGCCGCGGCGAGCUCCCUCCGGCGUGCGAGGUCUAUGUGCUCGACUCCACGGGGUACUGGCGGCCGCCGUCCGGUGCCGCCAGGACGAUGCCGCCGGCCUGGGCAACCAAUUACUGCACCGACCAGAGCGUCUUUGCGCAGGGCCACGUGUACUGGGCCGCCCAGCCGCACAAGAAGUACACAGGCAAAAGGGUCAUCAUGUCAUUCUCGAUGGCCGAUGAGGUGUUCGGGAUUUUGCCACCACCAGACAUGGACACGGUGCACUGGCGAAUAACAGAGCUUGGCGGGCACCUCUGCCUCUUCAAAGACAUCACCGUUGUGUGCUCAUACGACGUCUGGAUUCUGCGAGACCCCCUGGAGGGCACUUGGGACCUACAUUGCCGCAUCAACUUGGACGCGGCGUCUCCAGCAGCAGCACAACUGAGAUGCUCCACGAGCGUCAUCCCACUCGACAUCGUUGAUGAUGGCAACCGCGUGCUGCUCAGGCCAGAGCCUCGCAAUAUCUGUAGAGAAAAUUUGGGUGCCCAUCAACUUGUUGUGUACGACCCUGCGAUCGAAGAUGUCGAGGACCUUCUUGCUGGCGGCAGCAUGGUUUCUCACCACACCAUGGCGCGAAGACCCGCGGCACCGUAUGAGGAAAGCAUCGAGUCUACCGGGCGGCCGCAUGAGGACAUCAUCUUCUCGUCCACCUCCUCACAGGUCCUGGUGCAGGUGCUGUGUCGGCUACCAGCCCGCACCCUUGGGCGGCUCAAGUGUGUCUGUCGGACCUGGUGCGCCAUCAUCGAGUCUGGCCGCUUCAUCAGGCUGCACUACGAGCACACAUGCAAGAGCUCCCUUGCUUGCGUCGUCCUCUCCAUGCCUCAUAGUCGGAGGUUCGCCUCACUGGAUUCUUGCCUGAACGACCUGAAACUGUCAUGCCAAAUGCAGCAGCUACAUCGUAGGGUGGUGAGCUCGAAGCCCUGCCAUGGCCUCCUCCUCAUGGCCCACAACAACUAUGGUGUUCACGUGUGCAACCCUGUCACUGGAGCACAUGUUUUCCAUUGCAGUUUGCCUUUUGAGCAGCCAUCGGAUGCUGCUGCUGCUCACCCCGGUUGCGUUGGCUUGGGGUACGACCUAUUGAGGGAAGAGCAUAUCAUCAUGGUUCUUGCCUAUAAAUCUCGCAACUUUGACACUGGGAGCUACACCAUGGAGUGCAGCAUCCGGAGGCUAACGGAUUGCAUGACAAAGAAGGUGGCUCCUUCGCCACCGAUCCCAGUGACCGUCGAUGUACCACCGGUCUAUGCAGGUGGCAAGAUGUACUGGAUGGGGGAGUCACGAUUCAGUGCGGGCUGCUCAUCAGUUCUUGUGUUUGACAUCUGCAGCAAGGCUUUCAAUGUCCUACCAGCACCACGCACCAUGGGCGACAGUGGUAGGAUGCUCGUGACGGAGCUCGCCAGGCAGAUUCGUGUCGUGCACAUUUGCCCAAAUACAGAGACGAUGACCAUAUGGCGCAAGCAGGAGCUAGUUACACUUGACGAUGGCCAAGGAUGGACAAUAGAGCACUGGAUACAGCUUGGACAGUGGCCAGAGUUCUCACUGAGAACAGCGGCGAGGCUUGUGAUUCCGUUGGCUGUUGACGACGCCGGCCGGAUCUUACUCGACACUGGAAGGGCGCUGGGGUACUAUGAUCCAAGAAACCAGACAUUGGAGACCGUGUUUCCGACUAGCAGUCUGCAGCACUCCUGCCCACGCUUCUUUUCUGCGGUGUUGUGCGAGGACAGCUUAGUUCGUCCAUAUGGUCGGCAACGUCAGUACUAUGGAACUUAAGCAAACGAAGAAGAAUGAUUGAUGUGUUCCCGCAGAAUGCCGCACUGCUCCAUUGUUUUUUUUUGUCUUCCAUCAGUCAGAUCAGUAUUUUGGAGGCAUAUCCAGUCCAAGUGUGAUUCCCUGGGAAUUUUUUCAUAAGUGACACCCAAUAGUUUUACCUCGUGGUUUGGAGAACUAUGCUGCCUACUGCGUCUAAAAUCUGAAAGUAUGUUAUGUGGCCGUAGUUUGCAUCAUCUUUUGUCUCUCUUCCCUCUAGUUAUUGAUUCAAAUCCCUGUCGUACAAGACUAGUAGACCUGUCAUAUUUGAUCCAGUUUGCUUAGUGUUGAUGCAACUUACAACUCACAUUUUUUUUAACUGGGAUCAAACUGGAAUGUUACUGUGCUGUUAUCACUUUCUAUGAAGGCUUUUUCUGGGGUGUAAAGUUCAG